AUGGUGCAGCCCCGGGUCCUGGACCUCCCUGUACCUCCGCUGGACCCGUUGGCGGAUCGAGUGUACGAGUCUUUGACGUUCACCACCUGCUGGACCCAAAGAACGGUCCACGACCAAGAUGGUCUUGGACCGUCCAAGAACUUUACAAGUCUGGUUCUUCUGGAGAAGGCGAUCGGUCUCGACCUUUUCACCUCGCUUGUUUUCCUCCCAUACGGCCCCCUUGCAUCCGCGUGGAUGUAUCAUCGCAGGGGGUUGGGCGAUUCCGAAUGGUCCGUUUGA